UAUAAAAGGGCCUCGAAUGGGAGCGUCGGCUUUUCUUCCUACGCUUCGGAGGCGGCCACCCUAACGCUAACCUGCAGCCAUGGUGAACGUGCCAAAGACCAAGAAAACGUUCUGUAAGAACAAGGUUUGUAGGAAGCACACGCUUCACAAGGUUACACAGUACAAGAAGGGUAAGGAUAGCCUUUCUGUUCAAGGGAAGCGCCGCUAUGACAGGAAGCAGUCUGGUUAUGGUGGACAGACGAAGCCUGUUUUCCACAAGAAGGCAAAAACUACCAAGAAAAUCGUGUUGAAGCUUCAAUGCCAAAGUUGCAAGCAUUAUUCGCAGCAUCCGAUAAAGAGAUGCAAGCACUUUGAGAUUGGUGGAGACAAGAAGGGGAAGGGGACCUCUCUCUUCUAAUUUGUCUUUGUUGACAUUUCAGCAUUACAUUUUUAUGUGUUUAUGUGAAAUGGUAGCUUGUUAUAUGCUGAUUUUAGUUUAAACUACUGGAAUAUCAAUGUUGGUUAACUUUUGCUUGUGGUUUAAAAUGGAUAUGCAAUAUUCAUGAAGUUUAUUUG